AUGGCUCAAUCUCUAGUCCAUUCCAGCUCUGACGGGUCUCACCUGGUCAACCACCCGAUCCCAUCCAUCACGGGCCCAGACCAAGUCCUCGUGCAAAUGUCCGCUGCUCCGGUGAACCGGGUCGACUUGAUGACGCUAGCCAACCUCUACCCCGUUAAACCCCAUUAUCGCGUCGACGGAGACCCCAUUCCCGGUUUCGAUGGCUGUGGUGUUGUCCUCGCCUCGUCCUCUCCUUCAUUCGACCCAGGCGACCUUGUUCUUCCCCGGAUCCUGGGGCUAGGAACAUGGCGCACUCACGCGGUCUGGCCGGCAUCGUCGCUUCUCAAGCUCCCGAACAACACGCCUCCCGUGGCCGGGGCGCUGCUCCGCUCGGGGGCGUUGGUUGCCUGGCUUCUGUGCGAGCAUGUCACCCCGCUCUCUUCGGGGGAGUGGGUGCUCCUUUCGGCAGGGACCAGUUGUGUGAGUCAGUUUUUUGUUCAAUUUGCCCGGUUGAAGGGGAUCAACACCAUCCUCGUCAUCCGCGAUCGAGACAACAUAGAGAUAACACGGGAACGGCUGCUGGCGCUGGGCGCGUCGUUGGUAGUAACCGAGUCGGAACUAUCCCAAGCAACGGAGUCGAGUCACCCGGGACGGGCGGUCCUCGCUCUGGAUUCGGUGUUCGGAAGAGUCGGCGAAGACCUCGCCCGGUUAUUAUCGCCCGGAGGAAAGUUCGUGAUGGUUGGAAUGCUGGCAGGGCCCAAGACCAGCAUCAACGUGAGCGCGGAACACCUGUUCCAGAAGCAGCUCUCGUUUCUCCCAUUCCGCAGCUCGGAGGUUCUGAAGCGGAUGGGUGACGAGCAGGCUAUGGAGGUGAUUCAGCAUGUUGCGACCUUGCUUGCUGAUGGCCGUGUGGUGAUGCCGGAGCUGAAUUGCGUCCGAUGGGAGUCGUCUAUGAGUGAUGGAGAGACUAAGAAGGCGCUGGAAGCCGCGCAGAGUAGAGAAGUUGGAUAUAAGAAGACUGUGUGGGUGUUUGCACCGCGGCCGAGUGUCUAG